AUGCAGAUUUCCGGCUGCCCCUAUGGUCGUGGCCGCGCCUGUUGGUCCUCCAGCGGCUUCAUACAGAGCCUGGAAAGUGACUACACGUGCCAGGAGCAGUCGGCGGAAGAGCUGCGCAGUAACGUGAGAUGGUCCAGGUUGGUGGAGUCCAUCCGGGCGAUCGGGGAAGCGAAGGACACCGAGACCGAGGGAAAGGAGGAAGCCCUCCUCACAGCACAGGCGAUGUGGGAUCAUGGCUGUGCCUUCGGUGAGUACCUCAUGGAGAUGGACGUGACAUGGGGGUCCUGCUUCUCUUGGAGAUUCGAUUGGGGACUUAAGACCGUGGAAGUUUUUUGCCCAACUACAUGCCACUGUGAUUCCACCAAUUUGGACUCUGGCUGUCCAAGGCCUUUGGGGGAGAAUUGCGAGAUCAUCGCUGAUGCGUGUGUCUUCGCGAGCGGCAGCUACAUCUGCCCUGAGAACACCCCACAUUUCGAAGGGAAGCUCGAAGUUGCUCUUGACGAUCUGGAGGCCUUCGAUGAGUUUUCGGAAUUGGUGAUCGAGGCCCUUCAGAGGACCUUGGCGACCCUCACUGGGCAUGGGGUCUUGCCGGAGCAUGUGCGGAUCGAGGAGUCCGCAAGCAGACGCUUGGCUCUGGCUCGGCGGCUGCUGAGAGCGAAGAGCUACGACUACUUCGUCUUCGUGAUCUCCGAGGCCGACGCAACUGCAGCCAGGGAUGCCCUAGCAGCGAGGGAGCCGCAGGCUGUCUUCAUCCAGAGCCUUCUGGACUUGGGGGUCCCAGCAGAGGGCGCGGGCUUGAACAUCGAAGUGAAAGGUGUGGUCUCAUCACCACCGGUCACCAGAGUCAGCACGACCAUCAGCACCACAGGGACUUCGCUCAGCGACGGCAACGACGCCGGAGCAAGCAACCCACCCACAACCACAAGCACGACGUCGACGUCCCAGACCGGAAGCAACGAGACCAGUGUUGCAUCGCCGGGCGACCGGCCGGAUCGAUCCUCCGGCCCCCCAGGGGCCCCAAGUGACCCACCCUAA